AUGAUACUCUCCACCGUAUUAUUAUUGCUUGUGGCGGCAAACUGCUACCGUCUUUCACGAAAAGAAAAUGAACUCUUGCAGAAAAGCUGCGGUGUGGGCAAUUUAGGGUCUUCCUCUACAAUGAAAAUACUUGGCGGACAUCUUAUAAAGCCAGGCGAGUAUCCCUGGAUGGUCAAGCUGCACAUUUCCAUAGAUCUGGGAUUUAUACAAACUGUGACCACAUGCAGUGCAUCGUUAAUCUCUCCACGACACAUUCUCACAGCCGCACAUUGUACGAAAUACCUCAGCUAUUCGAAUGUCACAGAUGAAUGCGAUGGAAAGCUAAAGAAUUCCGUGUUCUCGGAACUCAAGCCUGAAGAAUUCGCCGCGUACGUUGGGACCCUCUGUAAUCCUCCCGAAAGAUGUAAUAUUGCACACUCAGUCUCGAAGUUUCUCCCGCAUACGCACGACCUUGCUGUUCUCGAACUCAGUAGGGAAGUCAGCAACAAGGAUGCCAUCCCAAUUUGCUUACCGAACAGGAAACUUGAACUGGCAAAAGAACUUCAGGCUGCAGGAAGUGGAUUUGAAAACUGUAAGUUUAUAGUAUCUUGUAUUGUAUACAGCAAUGAGAAAUGUUGA